UGCAGCAAUGCUGCUCCAUUCAUUCAAAGAACCGAAGCACGUUCGAGAGGAAAGACGCAGACAAAGAUGUUCCCCUUUGGUCUGUUUGCAGUUUCAGCAUUUGUAUGGCACGGUGUGUCUGGUGCAGACAGAGUUUCAGUGUCAGCAAUGGAUGGAGAUUCAGUCACUCUACACACUGGUGUUCAAACAGACCAACAAGAAGAUAUUCAUUGGUAUUUUAAAACCAAUCGCAUCGCUCAAAUCAAUGGAGAUUUCAAAAUCUGUAAAGAUGAUCAGUGUGUAGGCACUGAGAGAUUCAGAGACAGACUGAAGCUGGACAAUCAGACUGGAUCUCUGACCAUCACAAACAUCACAAACACAGACUCUGGACUUUAUAAACUAGUGGUAAUCAGCAACAGCAGCGACAGUGAAACAAUCUUCAAUAUUGUCAUUGGUGUUUCUGCUGCUGAACUGUGUGAAGUGAAGGAGGGAGAAUCUGUCACUUUAGAUCCUGGUGUAAUAAAUCACCCAAACGAUUCGAUGACGUGGUAUUUUAAUGACACUUGCAUCACUGAAAUCACUGGAGAUCAGAGUAAGAUCUGUACAGAUGAUCAGUGGGAUGAGAGAUUCAGAGGUAGAAUGGAGGUGAAUCAAACUGGAUUCCUCACCAUCACAAACACCAGAAUCACAGACUCUGGACUUUAUAAACUACAGAUCAACAGCCGCAGAUUCAGCAUCACGAGGAGCUUCAGAGUUACUGUCUCUGCAAGCAAUAUGAUUGGAUGA